CACCCGGACUCUCAGUGGGUCUGGCCCGCGGUGACGGCGGCGGCGGCGGUGGCUGAGGCUGGGGCCGAGCCGGGGCUGAGACCGGGGACGCGGGCAGCUCAGCUGAAGGAGGGCCGGAGCCCAGGGGAGCGUGGUCUGCUGCAUGUGAUGAAUUUAUCCACUCUCAGGGAAAGCUCCCCCAUGGCUUCCCGGCCCCCCCAAGAGAUGGAGGAGGAACUGCUGCCAGCUGGCCCGGAGCCAGGGGACUCGAAGGCCAAACCCCCAGUCAAGCCCAAGCCUGAGUCCCGGACACUGCCUGCCAAGCCAGCUCUGCCAGCCAAACCCAGCCUGCUGGUGCCACUGGGGCCAAGACCCCCAAGAGGUCCCUUGGCUGAGCUACCUUCUGCCAGGAAAAUGAACAUGCUGGCAGGACCGCAGCCCUACGGUGGCAGCAAGCGCCCCUUGGCUUUCUCUCCUCGGUCAGCCCCUGAUGCACCAUCUGCUGGAGCCAGCCCUCGGGAGACUAGCAAGGAUGAGGGUACCUUGGCUACCCCCCCCACCCGAUGCUCAGUCCCAACUGGGGUUCGGAAGGCUCCCGCUCCUUUCCGCCCAUUGUCUGAUCGAUUCUCUACCAGCACUGUGGAAGAGAUCUUGGCCAAAAUGGAGCAGCCCCGGAAAGAGGGCCCCUCUAGCCCUGACCGCCUUUGGGGCUCCCGCCUCACCUUUAGCCAUGAUGGCAGUUCCCACUAUGGCCCAAGGGCCUAUGGGCCAGUGCAGAGUCCCGGGGAUGAGGAGACAUUGACCCAAAGCAUCCCCAAGGAUCUGUCUCAGGAAGAACAGGCAAAGCCUGAGGAGGGACAGGAAGAAGGAGGCCAGAGUUCAGCUGGGCAGUGCCCUGCAGAACCCCAAGAGGCCCAGCCUGAAGUAUCUGGCAGGAUGCUUGAGGAGAGGCUUGUCUCUGACCUGACGUCCAACGGAGACCUGGCAUCCAGUGGAGACCUGGCAAGCACAGUGUUACCCCAUGAAGUUUCCAAGUCUUCAGCCCAUGCACACCAUGUUCCUUCUCCGGUCCCGCCUCGUCCCAUGCCUCACGAUCUCUCCCCUAGCCCUGUGAGGGCUCCAGGAUCCCAGAGCUCAGACCCGUCUGCUGAGGGACUCACAUCCCACAGCCCAGCCCUUCCCAUAGAGAAGUCACCUGAACCUCUGAAAUCAUUCAGCCCAUCCUUACCGUUAAGGGAAGAGCCUGGGUCCCCCAGCUCAGGCCUCUCCCUUGAGAAGAAUUCCACCACCCCAGAGGGCCCAGGGUCUCCCAAUCCAGAACAUUCCCAGGUUACCUCUCCCCAGAUUGCACUUUCAGGGGUCCAGUUUUUGGAGCACUCUAGAACAUUUCCCCUGGAGAAAAAGGAGGAGGAAGGUGGAGAGUUAAGCCUCCGGCUCCCCCACCUAGAACAACGUCGCUUCUCAGAAGGUGUGCUUCGGCCCCCCAACCAAGAUCAAAGGAAACUAGGGGGGUCUCUGGCUGCCUUGCCUCAGGGCCAGGGAGGAGGAGGUGGCUUGGAGCAGCCCUUUGGGAGUGGGACAGAAUCCAACUGGAGCUUGUCACAGUCCUUUGAGUGGACCUUCCCUACUCGGCCUUCAGGCCUGGGGGUGUGGCGGCUAGAGUCCCCGCCACCCUCACCCAUCACUGAAGCUGAUGACUCGGGUCUCUCUGAGGGAGAGGGCGAAGAGGCUGAUGAGAUUCGGAGCUCCAGACCAAUCAGGGCUGCCUCUCAGGCUCAAAGAGGGAGCAUGCACUGCGGGGUCCCCCAGAACCAACAGGGAGAUGACAGAAGUCCAGCUUCCUCCAAUCCCCCAUCAGAUCUUCAGCCCAAAGGCCAGGAUUCACCAAGACUGUCACUGCUCCAAGCAGAAGAGGUAGCAGGAACUGAGGAAUCCCUAGCUGGACUGGAGACUCCCCUCCCUCCCACUCCAGAGGAGGAAGCAGCCUUGCCCAUCCUGGAGCCUGUUCCGGAGCAGGAGCCCCCCCUUCCCCUAGCUCAGCCCUGCAUCUUGUUUGCUGAUGCCCCUGUCCCUGAGCAGGCUACACCCUCCCAGGAAGAUGCCCCAGACCUGGCAAAAGCAGAGACCAACCUGAGCAGGCCUGAGGGAGGGGACCUUCCAAGAAUGUCACCUGAGCUGAGGGCCCCUGAAAAUGAUGCUGGCUGGCUAGACAAGCUCCUGGCCUCCCCACCGCCCAGUGCCAAUGGUGCCCGGAAAGCAACUGCGCCAGAGCAGUGUGAGACUCAGAUGCCCAGUGCCAGCCCUGAGGGGCUCCUGGGAUGGGCUAAAAAAGACCUGAAAAGUGAAUUUGGAAUCGGUAUAGACUCACACCAUAGCACCUUCAGCCCCUCUCCCACCUGGGCCAGAGAAGGCACUAGGGGCUAUAGCAUUGGGAGUUCAGCUUCCAGUGAGAGAGAUUGGGUCAUUGGUGAUGGCUGCGGAGGGGCAGUACAGAGUCACCAGGAAUGGAGCAACACCUACGGCAUUGGCCAGCCAGGGGUGGAGGAGGAGUUUGAUACCCGCAGUGGAGACCAGAGCAAGGAGCGUGUCCUAGGAGGGGAUGUUAUUGCCCAGGAAUUUGGGAAGGCAGACCAGCUUGGGACUUACACUAGCCAGGCUGCUGAGUUACAAGACCGGGAAUUUGGGAAGAGAGAUUCACUCGGGACUUACACUAGCCAGGCUGCUGAGUUACAAGACCGGGAAUUUGGGAAGAGAGAUUCACUCGGGACUUACACUAGCCAGGAGGCUGAUGUAUGUGCUCAGGAGUUGAAGAGGAACUGGAUGAGUGAAUAUGGCACGAGCAGCAAGAGAGAUGCCGAUUGCCUGCAGAGAACCUUGGAAGAGAGAGACCUGACUGGUGUGUUCAGUGUGCGACACUCAGAGCAGCAGGAUAAAGAAUUUGGGAAGAGAGAUCAAAGAGACAGCUACUGCUCUAGAGAGGCAAACAGGGAGGAGAGGCUGGAGAAAGAACCAGAGGGCUUAUAUGGCCCUACUACUUCCAGUUUACAGGACCAAGAGCUUGGGGAGAGAGACUUGAGCCACUGGUCCAAGAGCAAUGACUCUAACCAUCAGGGAGAGUUUGGGAAGAAAGACCAAGCUGGGACUUACAGGAGCAAUGAUGUCAACUGCCAGCCAAAAGACUGGCCUAGUGAAUUUGGCCAACGAGAUAUAAGUCAAAUGGAGAGGGAAUUCAGUCUAGGGAGACGGGAUUGGACCAGUGACUUCCGAAUUGAAGGCACAGACAAGAGUGACCAAUUUGGUAUCAUUGGGACUGAUCGGGGGAACUGCUCGGGCCUGGGCGUUCUUAGUGGCUCAGACACAAUGGGAAGCACCAACUUUGUGUCACCUGGGAAGAUUAUGAUGGGACAGACACAAUGGACUGAUGAUCUGGGCCUCAGGAACUUGGAUGUAUCUGGUUGUGUGGGAUCAGAAGGGUCGAGUGAGGUCCGAGAGCAUGGGGUUGGACAGACUGAUUGGUCCUCUGACCUGGUCUUGAGAAACAUGAAUAUGCCCAGUGGCUUAGGGGAUGGAGGGCCUGGAGAAGUGGAGCAUGGAGUAGGACAGAAAGAUUGGACCCCAGAUCUUGGACUGAGGAACAUAGAUGUCUCAGGGGUCAUAGAGUCAGCAGGGCCCAGUGAGGCUAGAGAGUGUGGGGUAGGACAAAUGGACUGGGUUCAAAGCCUUGGAAUGAGGAAUGUGGAUGCACCCAACGAUGUGGAGCCUGGAGAUCCACUUUUAUCAAGGGAGCAUGGAGUAGGACAGGCAGACAGGACACCUCACCUCAAGCUGAGAAACACAGAUCUGGGGACAGGAGGCGGCCUCAGAGAGCAUGGUGUAGGACAAAUGGACUGGACCCAUGAGCUGGGGUUGAGAAACGUGAAUCCAUCUAGUCCCCUGGAGUCUGGGGGUUCCGGUGAAGCACGAGAAUGUGGAGUUGGACAGAUGGACUGGCAGAAUGAUUUGGGCCUCCGGAACACUGAUCUUUCGGAUAGCUUGGAUCUUAGAGGUCCAAGUAAAGCCCGACAGCAUGGCGUUGGCCAGGUGGACUGGUCUCGUGAUACGGACCUCACAAGCCCUAGUUUAUCUAGUGUCUUGGAAGCCAGAGAGCCUUCCGAAGUCCGCGAGCUGGGAGUUGGAGAGGUGAGCCAGCCUGGCAUUUUGGUGAGCCACUAUGGCGGUGACUCUUCACAGCGCUCAGAGAGUAGUGCGUCUGACAUUGGAAUGGACUCAAGAGAGACCACGAACUCAGGAACCAGCCCCGGCGGGUGCACUGCCCGGUCUCCACCUUCUGGCUGUCAGGGCCUGUUGCAAGACAUGUUGGCCACCAGCAAUCUCAGAGCAUCUGCUGGCAGAGAGGAGGCGGCCUUAGGCCCCAGGGGCCAGCUAGAAGAGGAGGAGGAAGAGGGAACAGUAGCAGAUGAUGAUGAAGAGAUGGAGCCGGAGCUUAGAGGGGACGCUCUGCCUUCUUGCAGGCCCCAGCCCGAUGGUGAGGCCAGCCGGACAGAGGAGGUGGACGGCAGCUGGGCCUCCCGGGGGGACGGCCCAGCUGCCCCGAGGCUGCUCCCAAGCCCUCCCUCCAAGUUGUCUAGCCAGGACUUCUCCUUUAUCGAGGACACAGAAGUUCUAGACAGUGCCAUGUAUCGGAGCCGUGCCAAUUUGGGCCGCAAGCGUGGGCACCGAGCCCCGGCCAUCCGGCCUGGGGGUACAUUGGGGCUUUCAGAGGCUGAUAAUGAUGCCUGGAUCUUCCAAGAUUCCACAGAGCCGCGGGCAUCUCGGGUGCCAUCUUCAGAUGAUGAGGUGGUAGAAGAGCCUCAGAGCCGCCGAACACGGAUGUCCCUGGGAACCAAGGGCCUAAAAGUCAACCUGUUCCCUGGCUUGAGCCCCUCUGCUCUCAAGGCUAAGCUGCGUCCCCGAAACCGUUCAGCUGAAGAAGGGGAACAGGUGGAGAGCAAGUCAGCCCAGAAGGAAUCCGCCGUCCAGCGCUCCAAGUCCUGCAAGGUUCCCGGCCUCGGGAAGCCCCUUGCAUUACCUCCCAAGCCGGAGAAAUCCUCAGGGUCCGAAGGUUCAUCACCCACCUGGCUACAGGCAUUGAAGCUGAAAAAGAAGAGGGUCUGAGGUGCCACUUCAGAGGUGGUUCCUGUCGGUCCUCUGAAGCAGCCCAACCUUGUAAGGCCCUGGACCGGGGAGGAGGGCUGGAGCUUGGGCUGUGGCCCCCCCCCCCACUCUGGCCUCCUCCCCCACCCUGCCCCCAGGCACAUUUAUGCACUUUGUAUCCCCGCCUCCUUCCCCACCCCUCUUGGGAUGCAGUCAUUAGAAUGGUUGCUGGUGUUGGCCCCCCUCCCUCAGGCCCUUUCCCCCCCCAUUCUUCCUCGCCCCCCCACCCACCUUUGGGUUUUCUUUUGAUACCACUUUAUAACAUUUUGAUAAAAGCCUCUGAUUUUUUGUAACGGGCGGUGGGCCGCCCCCUUUCUUCCCCCCAGGAGCCCCGUGGAGACCAAGGACGUUUUGUCACUUGAAACAAUAAAGUUUUUUGGGGAUUGGU